AUGAUUGGUGUCAUCCACAUCUUCAUUCGUAACUUUGCCCAUCGAGCACACCCUUUAACAAUGCUCACUCGAAAAGACUUCUCUUUUAUCUUUAGACCUGAACAGAUUGUGGCGCAAGACGAUCUCAAAUUAGCACUCCUUUCCUUGCCCGCCCUCCGUCCAAUUGACUAUUCCUCACUAGCCAAUGUCAUCCUCAUAGUCGACACCUUGCACCUCACAGUCAAAUUCCACUUCUGCCAGUGUGACCUCGACAAUCCAUUCAGCUCCAUCACCCUAAACGACCGUGAGUCAAGAUUCUCGCAGCCAAAACUAGAGCUCUAUGGCCUGUUUCGUGCUCUCCGAGCUCUCAAGAUGUACCUCAUCGGGAUCCGUAACUUGGUCAUCAAGGUAGAUGCAAGAUAUAUAAAAGGAAUGCUAACAAAUCCAGAUCUUAAACCAAGUGCGAGCAUUAAUUGCUGGAUCAUUGCCAUCCUCACAUUCCAUUUUACCCUCGUCCGCAUUCCCGGCGCCUUGCAUGGGCCCGAUGGUCUCUCU